AUGGAAGAAUCCCUCCGCGGAAUGGCUCAAGUAGUUGCUUUUAUGCUGACAGCAACCGUUCCCCCAUUAUUUUUUGAAGAUCUACUUGAAAGGCACGAGUGCGCCUGGGAAGACAAGGAGUACCGCGAGGCUCUUCGCCAAGCCUCAAAGAAACCCUGCUAUGUGACCCCCGAGUCGAAAGUCAUCACCUUGCGACAAAUGGUUGCGCGGGACCUUGGCUUCCAAGUUGCUGUCAACCACCCCAGGCUCUGCCACUUAUGUCUCACAGAUGACAGUGCUCCCCAGAAGAAUCGCGGUACCCCUCCCGUUCCAAAGCCGGAUGCUCAAGGGCAAUUCCCUCGACGACCCUCAAAGAUUCCUGCACGCGCUGUGGAUGAUGAGGCUGCUGCCCGAUUGCGACGAGUAAUCUAUGAACUUGACCGCGUACUUGACCCGGCUUGA